AUGAAACGUGGUGAACUCAGCAGAUCUCAGAAGAUGUUUUUUAUUGCCGUCGUCAUUGGGCUGGCAACAGCCAAGCCUUAUAACCCCAGCGUUUACAACGCGGUCGCAUCAGCGUCCUACACAGAGCCAGCUGUGGUUACCGUCUCUAACCCCACCGUGACUGCUAUCAAAACUACAGCAGAAGCUUACUCAUCGCCUGGUUACAGCUACACAAAACCAGCCGUCUAUUCACAGCCGAUCGUCACUUAUCCCAAACCCGUAGUUUACCAGCAACCUGCCGUCGCAUACCCUAAACAAGUUGUAUAUACUCAGCCAGAAGUAACAUACUCUAAGCCUGCCGUGACCUACGCCCAGCCAUCAGUAGUUACAUACUCUGUACCAGUAUCGUACUCUCCGGUUGCAACGUACUCUUCUCCAGUAUAUUCCGCUUACUCUGCAUACUCCACUCCAGUAAUAAGCUUAUCUAUGAUAAUGAUAGAAAUUGAAGCUGCACCUCAAUUUCUCGUAAAUGCACCACUGUUGGCAUCUCCGUACACAUCGGCCGCAUACGUGGGUGCACCUGCCUCGUUAGUUGCUGCGCCUGCUUCAGUAGUUGCUGCUCCUACUUCAGUGGUUGCUGCUCCUGCCCAAGUAGUCGCACCUGCUGUAUCUACCGUUCCCGCCGUCCCUGCAACGGCACCAGCUACCUACCCCGCUGUCCCCAUUUCUUCAGUGUCGGCGUACUCCUACGGCUCAAGUUAUAGCAUCCAAGAUUAUUUGCCUGUUUUGGCUUUCCUCGUUUUCGUGGCCGUCGCCAUCGCAGCGCCCGCACCCGAACCAGGCGUAGUUGUCGCUCCUAUAGCAUACAAGGCACCGCUGGGCUACAUCCCUCAGGCACCUCUGGGCUAUGCUGCUGUGCCAAGCGCACCAAUCGCCUACUCUGCACCCCUAGCCUACCAGUACCCUGCACCGAUCACUUACAGCAAACUCUACUGA